AUGGCUCUUUCUCAACUAAACUCCACACUAUGUCUGGCAAUACUAAUGUUGAUGAGCGGUGCACUGGCUCAAAACCCUGGGUGUCCAAAGCCCAGCGACAUCGCUCCGUGCACGUGCUUCAGCGAAGUGGCGCCACCCGUAGGCUAUAACGUAUACCUGUAUUGCGAGGGCGCCGACCACUUGGACCUGAAAGCCAUGUUUCAACGGCUGAGCACAACUGUUACGGACCGCAAGUUUUACCGAUUAAGACUGACUAACAGCCGUAUCGUCAUAUUGCCGGCCGAUAUGUUUGGCGAGUUUCAAUUCACCGAGAUUGAGAUCUUCGGCGCCCAUAGUCUACAACGCGUAAACACCCGGGCGUUUGCCGGACCCGUGGCCUCAACUCUUAGACGUAUUUCUAUCGCCGAUACGCCCAUAUUUGACGGCAACGGCGGUGACUAUGAUUUAUUCAAAGCACUGGCAAAUGUGACCAACUUGUAUGAGCUGAGUAUAAUCAACACCAGCCUAACUACUAUACCGACCAAUGGUCUGCCCUCUGCCCCUAUGCUGGAGAAAGUGGUCAUCACUGGCAACACCCGAUUGACCAGUAUUGGCAGCGGUGCGCUAAAACUCAAUGCCGGUGCUAUUAAUCUGUCGCCCAGCGGCUUAGCUUCUCUUAACAUAAGCGGCAAUCCGUUGGCCUCUCGGCCGAUGAGUAGCCACACAUUUUCCGGCAUUACAAAAGGCAGUAGUGUUUCGCUGUACGCCUACGGCGACGGUUUCCGGUACUUAAACCGUACUGUAUUUGAGCCGUACCUGAGCUCCAGUACUAAACACACCCUUUAUUCGGACACCGACUGCGCCGACAGUCUUAUGGACGCCAUUCAUCUCUUCGAUGAUAUCGCCGAAGACAUCAAACCUACUGUGCGUUUGGUCUACGCUUUUGAUGACUCGGGCGGCGAUAACCUAAUCUACAUUACCGCCAAUGGCUGCCAUCACAACGCCUACGGCUUGGGCAGCAACGCCAACGGCCAACUCGGUCUGGGCCACAAUCAACCCGUACUAUCACCACAACUGAUCCCGCAACUAACCAACCGAGACAUCAUUUCUAUACAUCACGGUUUAGACUUCGCUGCGGCCGUCACCGACACCGGACACGUUUACACCUGGGGUCACAACCCGUUUGGCCAAUUAGGCCGGGAGUCCACGCGUCGGGGCCAAUACCACGCGCCCGAACCCAUUGCCACAUUCAACUGCCAUCAGGUGCUGCAGAUAUCGUGUGGCUCUGAACACACACUAGCGCUGACCACCGCGGGUGAAGUAUACGGCUGGGGCAGUAACUCGUGGGGACAGGUCGGAUGUGGACUGGCCCGACUCUGUGAAGUGCCGGCUCCAUGGCAGCUGCGAUUCCCAAACGAUAAUCACCGCAUCGUUGCCGUAAUGUGCGGUCAAAACACAUCCUACGCCCUGACCACCGAUGGCCGGGUGUUUAGUUGGGGUUGCAAUCAGAGCGGACAACUCGGUCACGACAACUGCGGCCUAACGGUAUAUACACCGGCUCUGGUGACCACUCUGACCGUCGGUGUAAAGGAUAUCUGUCCGAUCAAUACGGGGGCCUAUAUGCUGGCCACUGACGGUGUACUGUAUUUUUGCGGUCGCGUGUGUCCGCCCGGCGCCGACCUCUUGGGACCGAUAGUAAAACGCUUAGAGAUGGGCGCCAUUGUUGAUGAUAUUAGACAAGUGGUGUGUCGUAAGGGCACCGGUGAGCCCAUUGUGGUCGCACUCGUAGCCGAAAAGGUCUGUGGCAUAUACUGCGGGACCCGUAUUGAGUACACCGAUUAUCAUAGUUUGGAUGAGUUCUUUGCCCACGAGUAUCAGUUGACUUGUCGGGCGAUAUCUUUGCCAGCAAAUGGUGGUCACAGUGUGGCCGAUGAGAGUCACCGAUGGACAAGCGAGUCGGCAGAGUUUCUGCAAAACAUCACCGAUCGAGUGAUCCGUCUGAACGAGUGUCUGGAGAAACAGUUGCUAAACAACGCGACGACAAUGAAUGCGAUGGAGAAGAUGCCGAUUGUGAUGAUUGAGGCCCCGAUAUGGCCCGUAUGGCCACUUAAUCUGUAUACGGAGAGUGUGACGCAAACCUCGUACCUAAGCGUAUUGCAUCAGGAUAAAAGCCAACACUUUGCUACGUUUGAGCGCCUACUUGACCAUGAUUUAAAUGGCAAUUACAAUAUGAUCACUAAUUAUGAAGUUAAUCGGUGGCAAUCAUUUGUCUCAAGAGAGUCAUCGCUUAAGUGUAUUGAAUUGGAUGAUUGCAUUGACACUGAUGUGAAUGAAUGUAUUAAACCUGUGAAAAUGUCCGACAAUUAUAGUAAUUUAUAUACAAAAAUCAGUGAUCGAAGCAAUAGAUCCGUGGAUUUGAUUGAGUUUUACCCGAAUUUAGCCGAAACUGCGGAUAUAAAUGAAAAUAAAUCAUACUUUGACGACAUUAUGACUCUUGGUAUCACUGGGUCUGAUGGUCAGUACGCAAUCACCGGAACAAAUGGACUGCUAACUAGUGGCGGAUCAGAUGAUGGCAGAUAUAGUGGCAUGAAGUGCAAGAGUUAUCCAUUGUGGCGAUUAUUUGGAUUCAAUGGCAAGAAAAUGGGGGCAAAUGUGUCAAAAGCAGUGAUUUUGUACGAAACAAAACUGAAAGAAAGUCUAUAUAAGACAAUUAGUGACAAACAAUUGUCUAUUGAUGAGAUCAGAUCCGCCGCUAAGACUGUACGCCAAUUGGUCCAUGAAUAUGAGGCCAGAAUACGGAGCUCUACAGAACUUACUAAAGUGCCGGUCAUAACAGUCAACCCCCGGUCCCCAUACAACUCCACUGCUGACAAGUCCAACACCACACGCAUACUGACCACCGGUCCGGCGGUCAGUCGCGGGCCGUCGGUCAUGCCUACCGGCGCGGGUCCUGUCGAUCACGUAUUUAGUCCCCACACCUGUGUAAUAGACUUUCAAAGCGUCUGUUUUGCCGGCAAACUCCAGGCCCAGGGUAUCGGCGCCGACAUCACCACCGCUGACAUCAAACUCGACCUCAAUGUCCAACAGAUGGGACGUAGGCUUUGGUUUUAA